AUGCCACCUCACAUUGGACCUCGAAAGCAAAGGAAAGCCCUCCGCUCUUCACUUUACUCGUCGGAUACAAGUCUUCUGUCACCAAGCCGAGCAGUCCCAGCAGUGGCACAGGAGAACACAGCACAGGAAGCCACACCAUCCCCCUUUCGUCCUCUUGGCCACCGGGAUGUAACCUGCUUGGGACCUGACAAUGCCAAUGGUUCGCGGCAACCAAAUUCCAUCGAUGGAAGUCAGCUCAUUCUAGAUAUAAACCAUGCUUGUCGCCGUCCGCCCCCUGUCAUCGCCCAAGCACUUACCGAUUUCUAUUUCCGUGAACUCUUCUACUUGGUCCCAGUUUUGGACCGUGGACAAUCUGAGAUAGAAACCUCUACCUUGCUACAGCAAUGCUUGUAUUUCGCGGGAAGUACCAUGCGUCAAACAGCAGGACCAGCCGAAUGGACCACCUCUGCCAUAUACGGGCGGAUUAGAACUUUGCUCUUUCUGCACCACGAUCCGGCUCCGUUAAAUAUGCUUAGCGCGCUGUGCAUCCUCAGCACCUGGCUUCCGUAUUCCCCUGACGUGAUAGUGCUGGACAACCCGUGGCAAUGGGCUGGUAUGGCAAUCCGACUCGCGAUUCAGUUGCAUUUGCACGAGGAUGAGACAUACAGCAGAUUAGAACAUCCUGAAAGAGCCCGCAGAAUGUGGUGGUAUCUCUUUAUCAACGAUACUAUGCAAACGGCUUGCUGUGGGCGUCCUGGGAUGUUUCCCUUGGAAACCUCUGUGCCACUGCCUGUUCCUAGUGACUUCACAGACCCCGAUCUGGGAUCACGCGUCUUCUGCCAGUUAGCAGGCCUUUGUAAAAGCCUAAGGAAGGUCUUGGACCUGGCCAGAGUUGAUAACAGCACAUCAGAGCAGGUGUAUCUGUGCCUGGACGGACUGAGGGUGUGGAGAGAACAGUUGCCUCUCGAAAUCCAAUUGUUCGACAUCGAGACUAGACAACCGUACAGUCGCUAUGUCGCUGAGCUUCAUAUCUUUUACUUGGUGACUGUUAUUUUGACAUGCUUCCUUGGCCGCCGGGACAACCCGUCAUUGUUCAAAUAUGCUUCAAUGGCUGCUUCAUCCUGUGUUUCUCGGCUAUACGAGGAGAUUCUUUAUCACGAGGAUGUUCAAUACCUACUACCAAUCCAUUCUUGGGCUAACCUCGUCGCCGCAAUCCCACGAGCCUUCAGUGACAAUGACGCCUUGAACCCAGACCGGGACGAAGAGCUCAGAAUCAGUAAACAGGUGUUGGAAACUAUGAGCGAGAAGCAUCCCUCCGCUGCUUUAGUACUCAGCAAGGCCAACGGACUCAACACUAUGCGCGCAGAUGCGUUUCCCGCUCAAUCUGAUAAUACGUGGGGUGCUCUUCCGGUGUCUGGGCAAAUACAGCUGGCUCAGCUCUUCCCUUUCCCCUCGAGCUUUUGCCCUAUGCUUGGGCUGCUAAGAACAGCAGAAACUAGCGGAAAUCAACCACCGGAUACACUUCUUACUUUACCUGUGGAUAGGAAUGAUUGGCCGAUAGAUUGGUCUUUCUUCUUAUUCGACGGUCUCAUGAGUUACUGA